GGGCUAAGUGCAGUGAUAACCAUUUCAACGCAUAUCAGACUGGUGUUGCCCCCUGCCGAUUAGGGAUGGUGUGAUCCAGGAAGCGCUUCUCUCAGCUGAACUAAACCAGCUGACGAAUGGUAUCUCCCUACUCCCGGAUGGAACGCGCAGCUGGAGCCGGGUGCCCAAGCGCUGACAGCGGAGCAGGUUGCCAAUAUUGUAUCGUGUUGGAUGUCGGACUGACUCUUAGUACACUUCUUUGCCGAAAAGGAGGUUACUUUUCCGGGCAGUAACGGUGGGCGUUGACCAUGGCCUCUAACUUCAAUGAUAUAGUGAAACAGGGAUACGUGAGAAUACGGAGUAAAAAACUGGGGAUCUUCAGGAGGUGCUGGCUGGUGUUCAAGAAAGCUUCCAGCAAAGGGCCACGGCGGUUAGAGAAGUAUCCAGACGAGAAAGCAGCUUACUUCAGGAGUUUUCACAAGAUCACUGAGCUUCACAGCAUCAAGAACAUCACCAGGAUGCCCAGAGAGACCAAGAAGCACGCGGUGGCAAUCAUCUUCUACGACGAGACGUCCAAGACAUUUGCCUGUGAGUCAGAGCUGGAUGCCGAGGACUGGUGUAAGCUGCUUUGUGUGGAGUGCCUGGGCAGCCGUCUGAACGACAUCAGCCUGGGCGAGCCGGACCUGCUGGCUGCUGGGGCACAGAGGGAGCAGAACGAGCGCUUCAAUGUUUACCUGAUGCCCACGCCUAACCUGGACAUCUAUGGGGAGUGCACCAUGCAGAUCACCCACGAAAACAUCUAUCUAUGGGACAUCCAUAAUGCCCGCGUCAAACUGGUCAUGUGGCCACUGAACUCCCUGAGGAGAUACGGGCGCGAUUCGACCUGGUUCACCUUCGAGUCGGGAAGGAUGUGUGACACAGGGGAGGGCUUGUUCACGUUCCAGACAAGGGAGGGGGAGAUGAUUUACCAGCGGGUCCACUCUGCCACCCUGUCCAUCGCCCAGCAGCAUGAGAGGAUGAUGGAGGAAAUGGAGAAGAGCUCCCAGACGCAUUCUAACGAGACGUUAACCAAGUCCAUCUCCCUGCCGCGGAGUGCUUACUGGCACCACAUUAUGCGUCAGAACAGCGUGGGAGACCUCUACAGUUACCAAGGAACCAGUUUGACGAUGACACUUAUUCCCCGAGCACAGACUUUCCCCAGCUUCCUGUCUGAGAAGACAGAGGAGGAACUUACACCAGAGCGCCAGGAAGAGGUGCUAUCGCCCUCCAGUGGCUAUGAGUCAAGCUGCAGCCCCGAACUGCUCCAAUGACAAGCACUGACUUGCCAAAACUGGACAUUCCAAACCCUUACGAAGGAUGUAGAAAUCUGUAUAGCAACAUGUAUGAAAUACAAUUGUACGUCCAUAAAUGAGUGUUUAAUGCAGAGUGGUACAUACAGUAUCUAUAGCUAUGAUACUAUCAUAUACUUUUUUUUGUUGGUGUUGUGUAACAACAGUUGCCUAAAAUAUUACACCAAAUAAACUUUUUUUAGUUUUCAUAUGGAGACAUGUAAUGUUAUGUACUAGGUCAUUUCACUGUAGACCUCUCCUCCAAACAGCCCUUUCAUCACUGCAUAUCACAACAAUUUAACGACAAAAAAACAUAUGUAGGCAGAUUGCAGAGCAAUGCUGAGGAGAAGGUUAUGUUACAAAAGUAUUUAUUUUAAAUUAUUCCACAUAUCUAGUGUAAAACAAAAUUCCUACUUUCACGUAAAGUCAUAAAGUCUAACAAGCAGACUGAAAACUGUUCAAAGCCCCUUGAAUGUGACUCUUUUUCAUGUUUGUACUUCAUGGCAAUGAGAUAUGUGUGUAACUGGUUUGACCAAUGUUUCCUCUGGGUUUAGCGACCUCAGUUCCUGUCCAUAAGCCACAGUAUGAAGUGCCUUCGACAUAAUCUGCAGCAUGUGAGCCAAACACCAAAUCAAAGCUCCCUCCUUGGACCGGAGUUGGUUAUCAUAUGAACUCACAAUUCCAAAAUGUUAUCUUGACAGUAUCUGUGAGGUACCUUGACAUCAGUAACUAUGUAAAAUAAAACAUAUGGUGAAACCCAUGGGCAGGGAACACAAUGUCAGCACGUACAGUAAGAGACAAUCAGACAGAGGUUUGGUUAAAUGACAGAUAGGCACCGUAUUCAAUGUCAUUCAACCCCUUCCUCUGCUGUGUGAAUGUUUGUAUUGUAUUAUCAUUUCAAAGACAUCCAUUUUUGAUCUGCCAAAUCAUACAUUUGUUUUUAACUAUUACAUUCAUAACCUCAUGAUUAUUGUAUUUGAAUGUAUUUGGAUUCAAUGAUGGAAAACGAAUAACAGGUUUGGGUACAAAGUCCAAGACAUGCUGAACUAAUACAUAAAAACACUCUAAAGUUGUUAAUAUUUCACAGUUGCAUACCACUUAAAACGUAUUGGGGAACAACACAUUGUUUGUGGUAGGAUUAAACCCACAUAUGGGUUUGAAAUUCAGAGAAAGUGCCGUUCUAAGAAAAGUCCUUAGUAUCUUUAAGAUACUCUAAUAACUGUUAAAAAACUGUCCCGUUUGUGUUUUUCCUUUGCCUUCUCUCAAGUCCACAAGACCUCCAAUAUAACAGCUGGAAACACAGUAGCUCCAUUUAGCAUGGAGGAUCUCUCCCCUGCCAGUCAAGGAGGUAGUUAUAGUUUCACUUUGAUAUUCAUUAUUAAGUAACACUUUAGUAUUCUUGAUGCAGUUUAAUUACAUAAGCAAGUACUGUGUGAAAGGCAUGUAACAAAUUGAGUUGCUUGUACAUAGCAUGUAAUUAUGUUGUGGAAUCACAAAUGUAACAAUUUAAAUUGUUAAGUAUUCAAUUUCAAUCCUUAAUUGGAGAGUCUUACUACAGCUCCAUGAAAGAGCAAAAUGGUGCUUGGUGGCAAUACCAUCACAGUGUAUAUUUACAGUCUAUUCCACAACAUAAAUGUAUGCAUGAUACAAGAACAGCACAUGUCGUCACCUUGCCAGGUACACUGUACUUCCUUAGGCAAUUACACUGUGACACAUAUACUAAUGUAAAGUGUUAUCCUAAUAUUUAUCUUGUCCUCCUUCUCUCUCCUCCUCUGACACAUCUUG